UCUAAAUUGGUUUGACCGGUGGUCAAAGAGUUAAAUGGAAACCCGUAACACCUAAAUCGUUUUGAAAAGAAAGAAAAUAAGUUGACUGUUGGUCAACCGUCUAAAGAACCGAAUGUAAAGUUGAAUUGAUUUUUAUUAAAAGGAUAAACAUAUGCACGAUCUUAAUUGUUGAAUUAUUAUGUUUAUUCUUGUGCUACAAUGGAGUACCACUCAGCGUCAAUGCUGAGCGGAUAGCGUUGUUUUUCUUUUUGCUAUCCGUAGGUGAUCAGACAGAUGAACCUAGAGCCGAUCCCAGAAGGCAUUGAGGAGGAGAUGUAUGAUGGCGUGGCUGUCUCUUUAAUCUGCUGAUAUGCUUUAUUUAAUUAACUUUAAUGCUUAUUACGUUUUCGGGCAAGAUCCCAAGUUGUUUGACUUUAAAAAGGCUUCCGCAUUAUUUUAAAUUACUCCGAUGAAUUUUUAUAUGUAUUGAUAGAACGUUUGUUUAAAAUUGUUUUGAAAAUGUCGCAAAUUCGGAUACCAAUUCAGUGACACACCGGUCCGCUGUCUCACGGAGAGGUCCCGUGUUCAUCUUGAGUCUCUCUGCGUUUUCUUUCUCCUUUUUUUUUCUCUGCGUCGCGUUCGUGAAUGGUGGAACCUCUGAUCAAUCUGUUGAUGAUUUCCCCCCUGUCCAGAAGGGGGAUCUCCGCUUCUUCUUCUUUCUCCUUCGGAUCCUGCAAGGAAGGCUGGUACUUCCGCUGCAUCGGCGUCGAUCCUUAGACAAAUCCCUCCGGUUUCGAAAUCUCUCUUCGUUUCCCUCCCGAUCUCCCGAAUUCUUUUGUUUUUUUUUCGAAUUUCCCCUUCUCUCUCGAUUCAAAUCUAUAUAUUUAUUCUACACCAAGUUUUCGGAUAUGUUGAUUUACAAGCCGAAGAAGAAUCAGGCCGGGAAGGCCGCCGGGAACCGCCGGCUUCUGGUUAGCAUCACCGUUCUGGGGAGCGCCGGUCCGAUCCGGUUUGUGAUGAAGGAAGAUGAUCCUGUGGCUGCGGUGAUUGUUACGGCUCUGAAGUACUAUGCUCGGGAGGGGAGGCUUCCGGUUCUCGGAUCUGAUUUCAAUAACUUCGUUCUCUAUUCGCCUAAUGCUGCGACUGAAGCUCUCAAUCCAUGGGACCCGAUCGGAUCACUUGGGGUUAGAAACUUUGUGCUGUCGAAGAAGCCUCAGCAGGAGAGAGCGGGCGAUGGGGCGAAUCAAACGGCUCCGAAGAGCUCAAGAAGCAUCUGGAAGACGUGGUUCAACAAGACAAUCAAUCCCAGGAUUAUGUCCCAUUGAGGUAUACUACCAAUGAAAUUGUUCUCAAGGGAUUGUCAACUGCUCUUAAGAUUUGUUCUUUGUUACUAUGAUUUUUAUUAAUGGUUUGUUUGUGAUGAACAAUAUGUGCCAUUGCCUUGAUAUCUUUGAAUAAAAGCUCAAAUUUGGCUCCUUAGUUGUGCCCUUUUUGAAGUGUUUCUUUGGAAAAGAUUAGGAAUUUGAUUUGGGAUUUCUCACAGUUUACUUCAUUAAUGAUUCAUGAAGCUUUGGUGUGAUGGAAUGAUGUGUUUGCAUAAUGGUAGGGUUACUGAAUAUUUAACUGUUGUGGUUGGCUCUAGAAAGGCAAGAAAGUUUGUGUUCAUGU